GGCUUGACCUCCGCGACUGAUCACCGCGAGAAGACCCUUUUGAAGCAGCGGGGCUGGCGGCGAUCGGCACAGCCAUGCCGGCCGCGCGCGUGGAGUACAUCGCGCCCUGGUGGGUCGUGUGGCUGCACCGCGUCCCCCACCUCAGCCUGCGCCUGCAGCCAGUGAACAGCACCUUCAACCCCCGCGACGAGAGCUACCAGGAGUCGCUGCUACUCCUGGGGCUGGUGGCCGCUGUCUGCCUGGGGCUGAACCUCGUCUUCCUCACGGCCUACCUAGUCUGGCUGUGCUGCGGGGUGCUGGCCCUGAUUCUCAGCUGGGCUUCCCUGGCUGCAGACACCGCCGCCGCCGUGGGCACCAGUGACUUCUGCGUGGCUCCUGACACCUUUAUCCUGAACAUCACACAGGGCCAGGUUAGAACAGAGGUGACCCGCUACUACCUGUAUUGCAGCCAGAGUGCAAGCAGCCCCUUCCAACAGGUGCUGACUGUCUUCCAGCGCUCACUGACCACCAUGCAGAUCCAGAUUGGGGGGCUGCUGCAGUUUGCCGUGCCCCACUUCCCCUCGGCAGAGGGAGAUCUGCUCGAGAUCCAGCUGCUGCUGAACUCAUCUGAGGCCGGCCUUCACCAGCUGACGGCCAUGCUGGAUUGUCGGGGGCUGCACAAGGACUACCUGGAUGCCCUCACUGGCGUCUGCUACGACGGCAUCGAGGGCUUGCUCUACCUCGGCCUCUUCUCCCUCCUGGCUGCCCUGGCCUUCUCCAUCAUGAUCUGCACGGGGCCACGGGCCUGGAGACACUUUGCCACCAGGGACAGGGACUAUGAUGACAUCGACGACGAUGACCCCUUUAACCCCCAGGCCCGGCGCAUCGCCGCUUACAACCCCCCUCGUGGGCAGCUUCACAGCUUCUGCAGCUACAGCAGCGGCCUGGGCAGCCAGACCAGCCUCCAGCCCCCUGCCCAGACCAUCUCCAAUGCUCCUGUCUCUGAGUACAUGAACCAAGCCGUGCUCUUCGGCGGGAACCCACGCUACGAGAAUGUUCCGCUCAUCGGAAGAGGCUCCCCCCCUCCCACGUACUCUACAGAAACAUGUGAUACCCGCUGGUUAUUCGGGAGGCUUUGUGUCACCCCGGUUAGGGUGAACUUGACCGCCGCCGCCGCCGCCGCUGCGGGCGGGUGCUCUGCGCACGGGAAGCCCCCGGGCCCGGGUGGGCUCGUACCGGGCCGCGUGUGUGUGAAGCCGCGAGCGCCCGGCCGAGGGGUGCCGGGGCGCGGGCGUCUGCGCUGCUGCCCGGGAAGCCGGCGCCGAGCCCGCGAUCGAUUCCCUAAUAGCUAA